AGCAGCACCAGCAUCAGCCUCAGCAUCAUUACUGACUUCAGCAUCAGUACCAGCGGGGGCAGCAGGGGCAUCAGCAUCCUCUAUCACACCUGGUUAUCUGACCAGAGGGAGCCUUCACCGCAGCCUGGGAAUUUGCAACACAAAGGCUCGGCCAUCAGCUCUGAACGCACUGGGCAGAUUUAACUGUACAACGCGACAGAAUACAGGACUUAAAACAUCGCUGCACAGGAUGAGUCGAGCCUGAUGAUGACGAUAAUGGACCCUGGUGCCAACGACUCCGAGGGGACAUUGGGGCUGCCGCCCGGCAACCAGACAGACCUGCUGGCCAUGUUCUCGGGGACGCAGCUCCUGCUACGCUUCAAGCCUCUAUUCAUGCCCCUGUACGGUGCCGUGGUGAUGGUGGCUGGCGUGGGCAAUGCCUUCCUGCUCGCGUGCAUCGUUGUCGACAGGAAGUUACACAACGCCACCAACUUCUUCAUCGGGAACCUGGCGGCGGGCGACCUGCUCAUGUGCCUGAGCUGCGUGCCACUCACCGCCUCAUACGCGUUUGACCCACACGGCUGGGCAUUCGGACGCCCGCUUUGCCAUCUGGUGCCCCUCAUACAGGGUGCCACAGUUUUCGCCUCAGUGCUGUCCCUCACGGCCAUCGCCAUGGACCGCUACGUGGUGGUGGCUUACCCGGUACGCCGGCGCAUCUCCAUGCGCGGCUGCAGCGCGGUGGCCGUGGUGGUCUGGGUCCUGGCGCUCGCCCUGGCCGCUCCGCCGGCGCUCCACGUGCGCCUGGUGGACCUGCGUCCGAGCGGCGUGGACUUCCUGGUGUGCGAGGAGUUCUGGGAGGCUGAGCGGAUGCGCCUGCUCUACUCCUGCUUCUUCCUGCUGGCCUCGUACAUGAUCCCGCUGUUGGCGGUCAGCGUCUCGUACUGCGCCAUCAGCCUGCACCUGCGGCGGCACGCGAUGCCCGGCGAGCCGUGCCAGCCGUGCGGGCAGCAGCAGCAGCGCUGGACCCAGCGGCGUCGCCGGACCUUCUCCCUGCUGGUGGCCUCCGUGCUCGCCUUCGCCCUCUGCUGGCUGCCGCUGCAGGUGCUCAACCUGAUGGUGGACCUGGACGGCGACUUCCGCUUCGUGGACAAGCACUACCUGAACAUGCUGCAGGUGAGCUGCCACCUUGUGGCCAUGAGCUCGGCGUGCUACAACCCCUUCAUCUACGCCUCGCUGCACAGCAAGCUGCGGCUGCACCUCAGAGGCUACCUGUGGCCGUGCAGAGCAGGACGUGUGACUCUGUUGUCGCGCUGCACCUCACGGAACCCCAACAACUGCCUGAGUGUGAUGUCAGAACCACCUGCCAAGGAGCAACAGAACCACCAUAUGGGGUCGAAUGCGCCUGUUCAGGCAGACCCAGGCAGCUCUAUCUGAGCACACACACACACACACACACACACUCUCUCUCACUCACACACACACACACACACACACACAC